CCCAGCUGCCCUGUCUUCUCUCUCCCACUCAACACGAACCCGCAUCAGGAGCCCUCCUCGCCAACCUCUCGCAGCCACCAUGUCCAGGCAGUCCUCCAUCACCUUCCAGGCCAGCAGCCGCAGGAGUUUCAGCACAGCCUCGGCCACCACCCCAGCCACCGGGCAUGCCCGCUUCAGCUCUGUCUCUGUGGCCCGCUCCCCGGGGACCAGCGGGGGGCUGGGAAGGACCAGCAGCGCGAGGGCUGGCUUUGGGAGUCGCAGCCUCUAUAACCUUGGGGGGACAAAGCGGGUCUCCAUUGGUGGGUGUGGCAGCAGCUUCCGAAGUGGCUUUGGUGGCCGAGCAAGCGGCGGGUUCGGGGUGGGCGGUGGAUUUGGCUGUGGGGGCCCUGGCUUCUCCGUCUGCCCCUCUGGAGGCAUCCAAGGGGUCACUGUCAACCAGAGUCUCCUCAUGCCUCUGAACCUGGAAAUUGACCCCACCAUCCAGCGGGUGCGGAAAGAGGAGCGUGAACAGAUCAAGACCCUCAACAACAAGUUCGCCUCCUUCAUCGACAAGGUGCGGUUCCUGGAGCAACAGAACAAGGUCUUGGAGACCAAGUGGAGCCUCCUGCAGGAGCAGGCCUCCAAGACCGUGAGGCAGAACCUGGAGCCUUUCUUUGAGGCCUACAUCAACGACCUCCGGCGGCAGCUGGACAGCAUCACCACUGAGAGGGGCAGGCUCGAUGCUGAGCUGAGGAACAUGCAGGAUGUCGUGGAAGAUUUCAAAGUCAGGUAUGAGGAUGAAAUUAACAAGCGCACGGCCGCCGAGAAUGAGUUUGUGUCUCUGAAGAAGGACGUGGAUGCCUCCUACAUGAACAAGGUGGAGCUGGAGUCCAAGGUCAACUGUCUGACUGAUGAGAUCCACUUCUUCCGGAUGCUCUUUGAGGCAGAGCUGUCCCAGAUCCAGACCCACAUCAGCGAUACAUCUGUGGUCCUGUCCAUGGACAACAACCGCAGCCUGGACCUGGACAGCAUCAUCGCCGAGGUCAAAGCGCAGUACGAGGACAUCGCCAACCGCAGCCGGGCAGAGGCUGAGUCUUGGUACCAAACCAAGUACGAGGAGCUGCAGGUCACAGCGGGCCGGCACGACGAUGAUCUCCGCAACACCAAGCAUGAGAUCUCCGAGAUGAACCGGAUGAUCCAGAGGCUGAGAGCCGAGAUCGACAGCGUCAAGAAGCAGUGCUCCAGCCUGCAAACAGCCAUCGCCGAUGCAGAGCAGCGCGGAGAACUGGCCCUCAAGGAUGCUCGGGCCAAGCUGAUGGACCUGGAGGAGGCCCUGCAGAAGGCCAAACAGGACAUGGCGAGGCUGCUGAGGGAGUACCAGGAGCUGAUGAACGUCAAGCUGGCCCUGGACGUGGAGAUCGCCACCUACUGCAAACUACUGGAGGGCGAGGAGUGCAGGCUGAGUGGAGAGGGUGUUUCUCCAGUUAACAUCUCUGUGGUCACCUCCACCGUCUCCAGUGGCUACGGCGGUGGCAGCGGCAUUGGAAGCGGAAGCCUGGGCCUUGGUGGGGGCAGCAGCUUCUCCUUCAGCACCAGUGGCGGGCACAGCCUGGGGGCGGGCCUGGGGGGCGCUGGCUUCAGUGCCUGUAGCAACCGGGGCGUCGGGGGCAGUGGCUCCAGCGUCAAGCUUGUCUCCACCACGUCCUCCAGCCGGAAAAGCUACAAGCACUAAGGGCAGGCAGGCCGUUCCCUCACCCCUGCCCCAAAGCCCGCUCCGCCAGCUCACCGGGCCUGCCUGCACUGGUCCCCACUCUCCUAGGUGCUGCUCCCUGCCUCGCUUCCACGAGGCUCAGCUGUGCUCUCAGGAAGCCUGGCAUCCUGGCUAAACCCCAUUCCCCAGCCUAAGCCAGUCUCUGCCCUCUUGACAGUCCCCAGACUGCUCCUGGCAUCCACUCUGUGCCAAAGCCUGCUCACUUUCAAAACUCACAGCUCAUCUUUCGAAGGCUCCCCGUCAGCUCCACCUCCCUCCCUCCCUCCAGAUGCAGAGAUGGGUAGUCUGUCUCUCCCAGGCCAUCUCCAUGUCAGUCCACCCAUCUCACGAUGCUUAAAAGCUGCCUGCUGGGAGUGAGGGCUCCCUCUCUUCCCCCUCCAGGAAUGUGUCUAUUAAAUGCAUGUGUAAUGUG